GCCUCUGUAACCCCUCUAGGUGGAGGAGAACCUGAUGAAGGUGCGUAACGCUGGAACAGAGCAGGACCUGGGCAUACAGUACAAGGCCCUGAAACCAGAGGUGGAUAAACUCAACAUGAUGGCUGCCAAGAGACAGCAGGAGUUGAAGGAUGUUCACCAUAAGGAUCGGAUGGCGGCUGCCCGCGGUGUUCUCAGAGGAACAUCCCCAUGCUCUACACUGCCUCCCGCGCCUGCCUUCAACACCCUGACCUGGCCGCAUACAAGGCGAACCGUGAUCUGAUCUACAAGCAGCUUCAGCAUGCAGUCUCAGGCAUCUCUAAUGCUGCCCAGGCUACCGCCUCGGAUGAUGCUGCCUUCAACCACCCUGCUGGCGGAGGAGAGCUGGCCUACGCUCUCAACAACUUUGAUAAGCAGAUCAUCGUGGACCCCUGGCGUUUAGCGAGGAGCGUUUCCGCCCGUCUCUGGAGGAGCGCUUGGAGAGCAUCAUCAGUGGCGCCGCCCUCAUGGCCGACUCGUCCUGUACCCGCGAUGACCGGCGCGAGCGCAUCGUGGCCGAGUGCAACUCUGUCCGUCAGGCUCUGCAGGACCUGCUGUCUGAGUACAUGGGCAAUGCUGGCAAGAAGAACAGGAGUGAUGCUCUGAACACGGCCAUCGACAGGAUGACCAAGAAGACUAGGGACCUUCGCAGACAGCUGCGUAAGGCGGUCAUGGAUCACGUCUCUGACUCGUUCCUGGAGACCAACGUUCCUCUGCUGGUUCUGAUCGAAGCGGCGAAGAACGGGAACGAGAAGGAGGUGAAGGAAUACGCCCAGGUGUUCCGCGAGCACGCCAACAAGCUCAUCGAGGUGGCCAACCUGGCCUGCUCCAUCUGUAAUAAUGAGGAGGGAGUCAAGCUGGUCCGUAUGGCCGCUUCCCAGCUGGAGACACUCUGCCCCCAGGUGAUUAAUGCGGCUCUGGCUCUAGCUGCCAAGCCCAACAGUAAGGUUGCGCAGGACAACAUGGACCUCUUCAAAGAGUCCUGGGAGAAACAGGUCCGCGUUCUCACUGACGCCGUCGAUGACAUCACCAGCAUUGACGACUUCCUCUGUGUGUCCGAGAACCACAUUCUGGAGGACGUGAACAAGUGUGUGAUAGCGCUGCAGGAGAAGGAUGUGGACGGGUUGGACCGCACGGCCGGCGCCAUCCGUGGCCGCGCCGCCAGAGUGGUCCAUGUGGUCACGUGUGAGAUGGACAACUAUGAACCUGGAGUCUAUACAGAGAAGGUUCUGGAGGCCACCAAGCUACUCACCAACACAGUCAUGCCCAGGUUCACAGAGCAGGUGGAGGCAGCGGUCGAGGCUCUGAGUGCCAACCCCACACUCCCUGUUGACGAGAACGAGUUCAUCGAUGCCUCCCGUCUGGUUUACGAUGGAGUCCGCGACAUCCGCAAGGCCGUGCUGAUGAUCAGGACUCCUGAAGAGCUGGAUGACUCUGACUUUGAGACGGAGGACUUUGAUGUUCGCAGCAGGACCAGCGUUCAGACAGAAGAUGACCAGCUUAUCGCAGGCCAGAGCGCCAGGGCUAUCAUGGCCCAGCUGCCCCAGGAGCAGAAGGCUAAGGAUAACAGCUAUAACAGCUGGGUGGGCUGGGGGUUACUGGAGGGGCUGGGGUUACUGGAGGAGCUGGGUGGGCUGGGGGUUACUGGAGGAGCUGGGUGGGCUGGGGGAUACCAGGAACAGCUGGGUGGGCUGGGGGAUACUGGAGGCUAUAACAGCUGGGGUGUACAGGAGGAGCUCCUCUACCAGGAGCUGGGGGGCAAACAGGGUGUACUGGAGGAGCUGGGUGGGCAGGGGGUUACUGGAGGGGCUGGGGGUUACUGGAGGAGCUGGGUGGGCUGGGGGUUACUGGAGGAGCUGGGUGGGCUGGGGGAUACUGGAGGAGCUGGGGUGUACAGGAGGAGCUGGGAGGUAGCUGUACUGGAGCUGGGGGGGCUGAGGAUGUGUGUGUGUGUGAACAGCAGACUGAUGUGUGUGUGUGAACAGCAGACUGAUGUGUGUGUGUCCUGUGUUCCCAGGGGUAAAGGUCCGUUGAAGAAUACCUCUGAUGUCAUCAGUGCUGCUAAGAAGAUUGCUGAGGCUGGAUCCAGGAUGGAUAAACUGGGCCGCACCAUCGCAGACCAGUGUCCAGACUCCGCCUGUAAGCAGGACCUGUUGGCCUACCUGCAGCGUAUUGCUCUGUACUGCCACCAGCUCAACAUCUGUAGUAAGGUGAAAGCAGAGGUCCAGAACCUGGGAGGAGAGCUCGUGGUCUCUGGGGAGGUUUCCCAAGCAUUCCUAGAGAGCCAGGUGGACAGUGCCAUGUCUCUGAUCCAGGCAGCUAAGAACCUGAUGAAUACGGUGGUGUCCACGGUCAAGGCGAGCUACGUGGCCUCCACUAAGUACCAGAAGUCCAUGGCCAUGCAGUCCCUCAACAUGCCUGCUAUCUCCUGGAAGAUGAAGGCCCCAGAGAAGAAACCCCUGGUCAAGAGAGAGAAACAGGAAGAUGGAUCCAACAACAAGGUCAAGAGGUCAUCCCAAAAGAAGCACAUCAACCCUGUCCAGGCCCUCAGCGAGUUCAAAGCCAUGGAUAGCAUCUAGAGAUGGAGCAGUCCGUUGGUCAGGGGUGGUGAGAGGAGGUGGAGCUACAGGGUUGGGGAUAGCGAGCCAGUUGGAUGUUUUUUUUUGUCUUGUCACAAAAAUAGAAAGAGUGAGAAAAUAAGAUUAAGAAUUGUUUAGAAACCAUUCCUCCUUUCCUUUCCCUGGUCUACCCGUCUGGUUUGACCUGAUGUCUCUAUACAGACUCACUAAGGUGGACCACUGAGCUCUCUCUCCUCUAACAGUCUUGUUUUUUCAAUCAAACGACUGCAUCCUGAUUGCUCUGUUUCUAUCCUACCGUAUGACGUCUCUGGUGGGAGAACAAAGCAAAAGGACCUUUUCCCCAUAUACCUUGUUUUGAUUUAUUCCAAUGUUGGUAUGAGAAGGAUGGUUUCCAUUGAUACUGUAAGAUUUCAUUCUGACAACGAAUCAUUUUUUGACCCCUGACCCUCUACCCCUAACCUGUGAUGUGAGAUGCCCCUGUGUAUUUUAUAGAAAUUGUGUGACCAGUGGGCGGGUAUUGGAGGGUAUUCCACUGUGUGCCAUAUAUAAUAGUGUUGAUCAGAUGGGUCUUUCCACUCUGAACCGUCUCUAUUGUCUCAUUACUCUGGUGAAGCUUUGGUUUACGUUUUUUUUUAAAACAAGUUGAUUUUCCAUCUCGAUGUGUUCUGUCUAAUAAAAGUUUGAUAUUUUA